GCCACACGCAAGCCCCAAUUCGGGCAACGGGCAGCACCAAACAAACGCCUCCCUCUAUUUCUCUCUCUACUGAUGCCGAAGAAAUGAAAGUUUGAAGAGAGAGAGAGAAUUGAAACCCAAAUUGAUCUUUCAAUAUUUUCCCGCACCUCAGGCUCGGGUGUGUCUCUCUCUCUCUCUGUCCGAGCCUGAGGCUCGGAGUCCACGAAUCUCCACCAAAACAAGGCUUUCGAGAAAAGCCAAGCCAAAGGGGAAAGGCCAAACCCGAAGAAAAAUAAUGGAACCAAAGGAAGAGAGAGAGAGCGAGGUUUUCUAGAGAGAGAAAGUAGACUGAGAGAGAGAGAGAGAGAGAGAGGUUUUCGAGAGAGAGAUGGGUCAGAUCGUGAGGAGGAAGAAGAAGGGGAGGCCGUCGAAGGCAGAUCUGGCAAGACGGUCGGCGGCCGGCGAGUCUCCGGCGACGGCGGAACCGGAGAUCAGGCGGAGCCACCGGCGACGGAAUGUGAAGUACAACAUCGACUAUGACGACUACUUGGACGAGGACGACGAGGACGAGGAGGAGGACGAGCGGAGGAGGGAGAAGAAGCUCAAGCUCGUGGUCAAGCUCAGCCACGAGGAAUCGGCGGGGAGGAAUCCGACCGGUUCGCGUGGGGGACACGCGCCGGCGAGCGGCUCCGAGGACGAGGACGAAGACGAGGACGGCGCCAGCGAGAGGAAUCGCAAGAAGAGGCGGAUUAACGGCGGCGGCGACGAUGAGGAGGAGGAACAAGACGACGUCGUUUGUCGCGGCGAAGACGACGAUGAGGAGGAGGAAAGGAGCCGAAAAGUGGACUCAAAGAGGCUCGACUCAGUUCCAGGGACGCCAACGGAGCCUCAGGCUGGAAUCCCAUUGCCUGAAAAGAAGACGUUGGAGUUGAUUCUUGACAAGCUUCAAAAGAAAGACACUUAUGGUGUAUAUGCAGAACCAGUUGAUCCUGAGGAGCUGCCUGACUAUCAUGAUGUGAUUGAGCAUCCUAUGGAUUUCACUACUUUGAGGAGGAAGUUAGCAAAUGGAUCAUAUCCUACAUUGGAACAAUUUGAGAGUGAUGUUUUCUUGAUAUGCUCAAAUGCAAUGCAAUACAAUUCUCCGGAAACCAUAUACCAUAAACAGGCACGUGCUAUCCAAGAGCAAGCAAAGAAGAAAUUUGAGAAGUUGAGGAUUCGCUAUGAAAGCUCUGAGAAAGAGCUUAAAUUAGCGCAGAAAAUAAAAUCAAACUCUACAGUCAAGAAGCAGAUAAAAAAGCCUUUGUACCGAACAUCACAGGAAACUGUGGGCUCUGAUUUCUCCUCAGGUGCCACUCUUGCCACAGCUGGAGAUGUACUAAAUAGUUUGAAUCCAACACAAGGUGGUGGCUCCGAGAGACCUGGAAAUAAUGAUGGCCCUAUUGAGGGUAAUUCAUCCUUGAAUGAUGCUAAUCUAGAAAAGGCAGAAGAAAAUUUAUCAGCAAAGGGCCUUCAUUCAAAAUUAGGAAGGAAACCAACUACUCUUGAAGACCGACGUUCUACCUUCAACAUUUCCAAUCAACCAGUUGUAAGAUCAGAAUCAGUAUUUACGGCAUUCGAGUCUGAAAUCAAGCAGCUGGUUGCGGUUGGGCUUCAUGCAGAAUAUGCAUAUGCUAGAAGCCUGGCUCGUUUUGCUGCAACUCUCGGACCUAUAGCUUGGAAAGUUGCCUCGCAGAGAAUUGAACAGGCACUUCCUGCCGGGUGUAAAUUCGGUCGAGGUUGGGUUGGAGAAUACGAACCACUUCCAACUCCAGUAUUAUCGCUUGAAAAUCAUAGCCAAAAACAAUGUGGUUUGGUUGCGAAGCAUAAUCCUACAGGAGAAAUGAGGAAGGAUGACAGAGCUUUUAAGACUCCAGUUCCUAUCAAGGAACCAACUGUUGGUGGGCCUCUUUCGGAAGGAAGACAAUCUUUGUUUCCUCCUUCUAGGGGGCCUCAAGCAGAAGUCAAACCAUCUGCAUUUAGCUCUACUGGUCCUCAAUCCGAAACCAAAACAUCUGGAUUUAGCUCUACUGGGCCUCAAUUAGAAACCAAACCGUCUGCAUCUGGAUUUAGCUCUACUGGGCCUCAAUUAGAAACCAAACCAUCUGCAUUUAUCUCUGCUGGAAUGAAAUCCACCGUCACUGUCAAUGCCAUUCAUCGGCAAUCAAAUGUGCAAUCAAGGAACUUCUCUAAGCCCGAGAUUUAUGUACCAAAACAAGUUGAGCUCAACUCUUUACCCACGGCUGGUCCAAAAAAUGCUGACCAUAUUGCUAAAAAGAAAAUCUUAAGAAAUUCAGAAGCAGCGGCAUCUAAGUUGAGAGAUACAACACCAAGACAUAUGAAUCUUCCACAAACUGUACCUUUCAAGUUGCCAGAUAGUAAUGGAGUUGUUUCUGGAAAUGGAGGGCUGCCGAAUGGGAAAGACACUAGGAAUUCCUUGGACCGUCGAAUGAGUAGUCCAUCUGAGGGAAAUCACAUGGCCAAAGGAGGACUCCAUUUUCCGCAUGGACAGGAGCAGGGUGUAAGUGACCCAGUACAGUUGAUGAAAAUAAUGGCCGAGAAGACACAGAAGCAACAAAAAUCUUCAGAUCAAUCGACCGUUGAUACUCAACAAGCCAUGCCAUCCAUGCCGUCAGUAAAGAGAGAUGACUUGAACAAUGCUGCAGCUGCUGCUGCCCGUGCAUGGAUGUCCAUCGGGGCUGGAGCAUUUAAACAACCAAGUGAGAAUCCAACUACACCUAAAAGUCAGAUAUCUGCGGAUUCACUCUACAACCCAGCUAGGGAAUCUCAAUCACAAAUUGCACGAAUUCGUGGUGAAUUUCCUGUGUCAGCUGCAAUGCAAUAUCACCCUGAGAAGAACAAUUUCCCAGUUCCAGCAUUCUUCCCCCAACUUGCACGUUUUGGGAAUGAAGCGCACUUCCAAAACCGACCUAUAAUGUUCCCUCAACUAGCUACAGCUGACUUGUCGAGGUUCCAGAUGCAGUCCCCUUGGCGUGCUCUGAGCCCUCAUUCCCAGCCAAGGCAGAAACAGGACACCCUUCCUCCGGACUUGAAUAUUGGCUUCCAGUCUCCAGGGUCUCCAGUGAAACAGUCGUCUGGUGUUAUGGUCGAGUCUCAGCAGCCAGACCUUGCUUUACAACUCUGAACACAGGUGGGUACUCUGAGAAGUGGGGAUAACUUUGAUACAGAUUGAGGUACUUGUUGAUCCCAACACAGGACGUGGAAUGUUUGGUUGUCGGUGCGUAAGUAGCAUCGAGUGUGACAAAUUCUCCGAGUUGAUACAACAGAGAGAUGUGCAUUCAAUAAAACGUUUUUGGAAGACUGCCGCUAAUCUUGUUGUCGUUCUCGGGGGAGGUCACACAAGGUCCUGGUCAUUGACGGCGAUUUUUCAGUGGGGGAAGAGGAAUAAUUCUUUUCAGUCAGAUGAGUUUGCUUGACAUUGGAUGAUUGACCAUUGAUUUGCCCGACAAUAUAGUUCCAAGGGAAAUUCGUGAAUACAUCUAUUAUGGUUGAGUCGACGAUUACCGACUUUCAGCUGCACAUAUCAAUGUCAAGAAGGGGUCGUAUGAAGUUUAGAAGGAUUAUUGAUUCUAUAAUGAGAAUACACAAAUUGUUUUGAAGCUCCUAAUCCGGUAAUUUAUGCAUAAAAUCUAGUCGAGGCCUAUGUACAUUGUGACGGGUGGUUGAGGAUUAGUUGCAUAGAUGUUAGUCACCUUUGGUUUUGAUAUGCCUUCAUGAAAAUUGCAUUGAUAAUUCCACUUUAUACUU